AUGCUCUUGCUCUGUACCAGUAAAGUGCGUGGCCACAUGCCAGCGAAAUGGAUCAAGUGGCUCCUGUGGCUUAUCAUCUUAAUACGCUUCGUUAUUUUCGCGCCCACUAUCUACUACAAUAUUCACGCGACAAACCACAGCAAUGUCAUCAACAACCACGCCCAGUUGUACAACGGCACCUACGGCACAGCUAUUGUUACAGGCCAAAGAUUUACAGAAAGAUGGGGUGCAGCAGUCUUCUAUUACAGCCUCGCAUCCUGGUUCCCAUCCUUCGUCUUCAUGCCGCCUCUACAUCUGCCCUUCACCGUCGUCGAUACUACACUGGCCGUAUUUGUAUCCAUGGCGACGCAUUACCAGAGCGCAUACUCGCCUCGCAACAACAGCGACUGCCACAAUCCUGAAUUUCCCGGAAUGCAGCGACCACCAGGGACUAAUGAGAGCUUCUUCGAGGCUGCCGCAAGGCUGAAUGCCACUGUUAGCACCCCAACCAAUAUGUGUCUGAGUUUUGUCAAAGAGUGGCAAUAUGGAGUCACCCUGUCCUUCUUCUACGCACUCAUGUCUCUACUUGGCAUCAUCCUUUUCUUUGGUGCUAUACGCGAUGCCAAGCAACAGGGCACAUCAGUAUCGGUCAUGUUCAGGGAGCUGGGCAAUGACAUUUGCUGGUGUCUCUUAUUGAUACCAAAAGCCUUUUUAAUCUUCUUUUUGAUCUUGUACGCCAUUCCGCUCAUAUCUUUCCGGUGUUUACCGUUGAGCGUAAAGGCUCCGAUACGAUGCGCGCGGCGAUAUAUGAUCAAGUCUAGGCUGGGUACAGAGCAGAACACCAAAAUUGCACUGAAAAAGUCCAAAUCGAUGUCGAACAAAUCAAAGAAGUCUCCGGGACGGUACCAGGGCGGCGAGGGUAGUCACACUGAGCUGGCACAAUUUCUCGGCGUUUACGACAUACUCAUCCUAAUCGCCAAGGACCUCCACUACAUUGAUGUCAUGAACCUGGCUCUUGUAUCCAAGUCUGUUCGCAAAUCCGUCCUCCCUUCAUACGAUCUCGCUCGCCGCUUGCCCAUCUAUAAGCUAUAUACAUGCAAUGCCGACGAUAAGCGUUCCUGUUGGGAUGUACCAAAUCCCUUGGUACUGGACCUCGAUUUUGGGUUUGUCCCGACACUCAAGCGUGUGGAAGGGAGUGCACGAGUUAUUUGCAUCAAGCAUGGCAACCCAAACGUAAAGCUGCUCCAAUUGGUGAACAGACUGUUUGAGUAUCGAGUGGUCUGA